CAACGCGAGCGACACGAAUCUCGAUGUCUUCCGUACAAUUAUCAUGAACACUCUGACCGACAAAGAAGAGUUGAAGAAGGAGAAGGUUUUCAAAACAAUCGAAUCCUUAAAGUCCAAACUGCAAAACAUUGAAUCAAAGAUCCUAGUUUCUCGAGAGAAGGAGAUACAGAGAAAACAUGAAAUGAAGCUACUUCAGACUUCCAAGAUGGCAUACAUCCUGCGUGACGCUGGGCGUCAGCUUAGGUGGUACACCACCAAGUUCAUUCUGGAGAAUGUUCAUAAUUCCAAAGAUCCCAGCACGAUCCUUAAGAAAUCCCCUGAGCGCAGAAACCUGUUCGAUGUCAGAAUCUUAGAAAGACAGUUGAGUGAUAUUAAGUUUAUUAAAUAAAUACAUCGAUGAAGGAAAUCUCGAGAUUCCUCGACAAUUAUACCAGAAUUUAUCCUAUUAUUAUGCUAAUCCUAACGAGACAGUGAUUAAGUACGGAGAGGUUGGAGAUUCCUUCUUCAUCUUGAUGAAGGGUGAAGUCGAGGUAUUCAUACCGGUUACAGUAACUACCAGGCUUUCAGAUCUUGAAUUUAUCAAGCUGUUAAAUGAAAAACGGGAUCUUAUACUUGAAAUCAACGAUGAGAAGGAGUUCGAUAUUCCAAAUAUACCGAAGUUAUCUAAUAAUGCCUAUCAAAGAAUUACCCUAGCGACUGUUUUUCAAAUAAUGGAAGAUUAUAACAGUGUAUUCUCCUCUGGAAAGAAUAUUUCAGGCAUUGAGCAGCCAUCUCCAAAAAGAGCUUCCCAGCCUUCAUAUAAAAUAAAGUACCUAAAAUAAGGUUACCACCCUCAAGAAUGGCUCUUCCUUUGGAGAGCUAGCUUUGAUAAUGGACCAGCCAAGAGCUGCGUCAGUUAUCACUACAAAGAAUUGUCAUUUUGCCACAUUGAACAGGAAACAGUUUAACGAAAUUCUCAAGCGGGUGCAUGAGAUGAAUAUUAACAAGAAGUUGGAUAUUCUCAAUACAAUGCCUUAUCUGAAAUCCCUUUCAAAAUCAUUCAAAGUGAAAAUAACUUAUUUCAUGCAAGUCCUAGACAUCUGCAGAGGCAAGGUCCUUUUCGACGAAGGAGAUAAGGUGCACAACAUCUUUUAUACCCUGGAAGGCACGUUUGAAGCAUCAAAAGUGAUGCAUACAUACCCCACAGGGCCCAAAGGGCACGUGGAGUAUCUCCCCUUCACUCCUUCCGAUGAGAUAUACGACCUGUGAUAUGAUUUCUGGAAGGAGAAUAAAAAGUUGAUAAAAUAAAUUCAAUUCUAAGAAAUCUGAAAAUCUAGAGAAACUCCCAGUUAGGCCUAAAGUUACCCAAAAGUGCCUGUGAAUCACUGGUGAAAGUGACUUCAUUGGCCUUGAAGAAGUCAUGAUGAAAAACCCAUCGAGGUUUACAAAGAUUGAAUGCACCUCUAAGACUGGAAAAGUGGUCAAGAUCAACGCUGCUAAGCUGUUUAAAAAGCUAACCGAUACAGAUACAUUAAAUGAUUGGCAAGUUUAUUCUCAAAAGAAGCUAGCUGUAAUUUCACAAGCUAUUAGUGAUUUUAUUGAAUUUGAACAAGCUAUGCUCCUUAAAAGCAACACUGAAAAACGUAUCAGGACUUCACAGAACCCAAACAGAGUAGUUGUACAUUCUAGAGAGGUCUAUGAGGACAAUAUAGAGUAUUUGUUUAAAUAAGAACAUCAUUCAAAAAAACAAUGAUCUGUUUGUCUUUGGAGACAAAACUCUGAAAAUACGCAAGAUACAAGGAGAAAAAGCACGGAUCAGGAAACAUGAAAACUUCAAAGAUUUUGAUAGACCCAAAACAGAAAGAUGUCGUACAGGGAACAUCUCAUGCUGCAGGAAAAGAAAUGUCUUCGGGAAUCCAAAAACUUAUUUUUACAAGCAAAUGAUCGAUGAAAAGAGGAGGGAAGAUCUUUCUGUAAAGCCCAAGAUCAACAUAGACUCAGCCAAAUACUUUAUAAAAGUUGACAACAAGGAGAAAAUUGUUAAAGACAAAUAAACUAAAACAGCGGUUGCAAAAUUACCAAAAACAGGCCACGAUAAGCCCAAUGAAGACUAUCCAGUCCAUCCGGACCGAGAGUAAGGUGUCUGACUUCAAGCUGGGUGAUGACUACGAUCCCUUUGAAGAUUUUGAUACCACCAUAACCCAUUCGAACAAGAUGUUCCUGACUGAGCGGUUCAGUCAGAAAUCUUUCCAUCUAAAGAAAUGUAACAAAAUAAGGAACACCCUGGUUGACAAGAAACUCCAGGUCAAGAAAAGGCAGAACAGCGUUCAAGAGAAGAAAUAAACCAGAUAGCUACGGCGGAGGCUUUACGAAGAAAUCCCUCCCAAAACCACCAAAGAUAGCAGGGUUUAAGAUCAAGAAACUCAAACAUAAGAGAAAAAAGAAUAGACCAGUUGAUGUUUCGAAGAAAAUUAAAGAGCUACAGAAUUUUGAACUCGGGCUUAGCUCUGACGGACUCACUGAGAGAAGUGACAAGAGUGGCAAGAAACGACUAGAGUUGAUCCCUCCUUAUAUUCCUGAAAGUGAGAUCAUUCUAAUGAAGGGAGAAUCUCCUUUGAAAGCAUUUUCUCAACCGAUUUUGAUUAGCCAUUCAAAAAUGAAUAGUCAGCACAUUCCGUCUCUAAAGGAGCAGGUCCCUACUGACUUUAUUAAAGCUAAACAAGGGCUAGGGAGGAUAUGCUCGUAUUACAGGACCCCAGUCCCUUCAGAUCUAGGAGGUCCUGCAUUUUAUCCGAUGAGAGAGCCUAAGUAUGACAAUUCCUCAAUGAAUUCCCUGACUGAAUCAAAGUACAAUAGUACUACCAAGAUGGCACAUAAGUUCAACAAUACCGGGUUCUAAGAUUA